AUGCACAUACACCUUUUGGCCGCUCGGCGUCUUUCGCAGCGGCCCCUGCCUGCUGCAUUUGGACUCGUUCAGAGGCGCCUUUUCUCCAGCAGCUCUGAAUAUGACUUGGUGGUGGUUGGGGGAGGACCCGGCGGCUACGUAGCGGCUAUAAAAGCGGCACAGUUGGGCCUGAGGACGGCUUGUGUGGAGAAGCGGGGGGCCCUCGGGGGCACUUGCUUAAAUGUAGGCUGCAUUCCGUCAAAGGCCUUGCUGAACAUGAGUCAUAAGUACAAGGAAGCAUCUUCUGAUUUCCGAAAGUUCGGCAUUCGAGUCGACGGCGUCUCUGUUGACAUCCCCGCGAUGCAGAGUUACAAAGACAAAAUCGUCGGGGGGCUCACGCAGGGCAUCGAAGGUCUUUUCAAGCGAAACAAAGUGGAAUACAUCAAGGGAGCUGGAAGACUGGCGGAUCCACACACAGUAGAGGUGCAGCCGAUUGGUGGUGGCAGCACCGAGAAGUUGAAGACAAAAAAUAUAAUACUUGCGACGGGUUCUGAAGCUGCUCCUCUAGUGGGAGGUGCUCUUGAGGUAGAUGAACAGCAGAUUGUCAGCUCUACGGGGGCACUGGCGCUCUCAAGCGUGCCUAGGCACUUAGCAGUUGUCGGCGGGGGAGUCAUUGGCCUUGAACUUGGCAGCGUCUGGCGUAACUUGGGAGCAGAAGUAACUGUAGUGGAGUUCUGCGAUAAGAUCAUCCCCGCCCUGGAUGUGGAAAUAGGAAGGGCCUUCCAGAAACUGCUGGAGAAGCAGGGCAUAAAGUUCAUGUUCAGUACAAAAGUAGUUGGAUCGCAAAAGUCGGGCGAGCAUGGCGAAGUCACACUGGAACUAGAAAACGUGAAAAGUGGAGCUGCAUCAAAGCUAAACUGUGACGUCGUCCUCGUGGCCGUGGGGCGCAGACCGUACACCAGAGACUUGGGUUUGGAGGAGAUGGGAAUCGAUCUCGAUAAAAGGGGACGUAUCGUCGUGAACGACAAAAUGCAAGUGUUAAAGUAUGCGCACAUCAUGGCCAUCGGAGACCUCAUUGAAGGCCCAAUGUUGGCACACAAAGCAGAAGAAGAAGGCAUUGCAUGCGUAGAACGACUUGCGGGAAAGGGGGACGGCACUGUGCGCCACGACACAAUCCCAUCCGUCAUCUACACGCACCCAGAGCUAGCAGGAGUUGGAAAGACAGAAGAACAGCUCAAAGCAGAAGGCGUCUCAUACAAGAGGGGGGCCUUCCCUUUCGCAGCGAAUAGCAGAGCACGUGCAACGGGCGACUCUGAUGGUUUGGUGAAAGUGUUGACAUGCAAGGAAACGGAUAAGAUCCUGGGCGUGUGGAUCCUAGGCCCAAAUGCAGGGGAAUUGAUUGCCGAGGCUGUGUUGGCCAUGGAGUACGGGGCGGCCAGCGAAGACCUUGGCCGAGUGUGUCAUGCCCACCCAACUCUUUCAGAAGCUCUGAAAGAGGCUUGCAUGGGUUGCUUCGACAAGCCCAUACACAUCGCAUAA